UACGGAAGUUGCUGGCCGACGGCUGCUCAACUAUUCAAGAGUAAUAUAGUGGUGGUUGGUUCUGAUUCGACAACGGUAGAAUGCCUGGUCGAAGGUCCAGUACAAUACAUAGCAGGCGUGUUCGUCUUAGCUAAGUAUGAUUUGAAGGAAGAAUUUGCUCUU